GGCCACUGUCAACUAGUUCUCCGACUAGUUCAAAUAUGAUAGAUCACCUCUUAGGAAGACCCUCCCCUUCAUGGAAAAGAAUUCAAGUGUUUCUUGUUUCGCUUACCUGGUUUUUUUUCUUAUUUAAAAUUGACCGUCGAGGUCCAAAAUUUCUUCAUAUAUGGAAUGAAAAAUUAUCAAGAUUCUCUCCAUUUCAACUUGUGGCCGGAACUUUGGCUGCAUUAUACAUUUUGAAAAAUGCUGAUCGUAUGAUAGGACUUGGAGCACCCGAGCCACUUGCACGACUGUAUAGUCGAAGUUAUUACCGAGCCACGUGGGUUCUUACUGCGUUAGACGCCGGUUUUUGGACUGCGAUGCCAAUUCGUCCAAAACCAAUUCGAGAUAUCAUGUGCAUUCUGUUUUCAAUUUAUUACCUAAUAUUUGCUGAUCAAGCGGACGAAAAGACUAGACGAAUACGUGCAACAAUUACUGUCGAACAUCUUCGUACAUCAUGGGAAAAAUCUUUAAACCCUUAUUUACGCGCGUUAAUAAGGCUUACAUAUCCACAUGUUACUAUUCAUCAAAAAAAAAUUAUGAUUCCUCGACCUGAAAAUAGUCAAUAUUGUUCAAGAAUGGUUACUGGUUAUAUAUAUUACGAUGGUCCUUUAGAAUCAUUCAAAUAUUCUGAUACCUUAAUACUCAAUUUCCCUGGUGGUGGUUUCAUUGCCAUGCCUCCUCCAUGUCAUGAAGAAUAUUUAGCUCAAUGGGCUAAAACGACUCAAGUACCUAUUUUAAGUAUUGACUAUGGAAAAGCUCCUGAAUAUCCUUAUCCUUAUGCCAUAGAAGAAUGUUUUGAUGUUUACCGAAGCGUAAUUGAAAGUAAUGGUGAAGUAAUUGGAAUGGCUGGUUGGAAAGAUAAGGAUGGUAACCAGAGGAAACAAAUGAAAAUAGUUUUGAUUGGUGACUCCGCUGGCGGGAAUCUUGUUGCGUCAGUCAUGUAUAAAAUUCUUGAAUCUCAAAUGCCCAUUCCCCACCCUAAUGGUUUGAUUCUCAUUUAUCCAUGCCUUAAUUUUGAUAUUACUUGUUGGAUGCCACCAUCUCAGCUCUCGGUUAUUAGAGCUGAAUCUACGACUUCGAUUCCAGGAGUACUUGAAUCUAAAGAUCAUCUGAGUCAUAAGAGCCCUUUAUCUGUUGUUCCAGAUGUUAAGAGAAAAAGAUGGAGAAAGAGUUUUUCAAGGUCGACAGACGAUGAAAGAACAAUAGAAGAACGUGUCCAGGUGAUUGAGGGUCAUAAUGUCACUGGAUCUAAUGAAAAACUUCCACGUCCGGUUAUUGGAACUCGUUUAACAAUGACCAGUCGUAUGAGUUUCUUUAAUGAUAGAAUCAUUAACGCUGAUUUGGUAAAGUAUGAUUACUGA